AUGUUCCUUCUGGAUGGGAACUGUUCUGAAGGAAUGGAAAGAGGGACGGCUCAGAGGAAAACAGUGUACCGCAUCUCCCUCACACUGGUGAAGAAGGAAACAAUGGAGGAUGAAGGUGGCACAUUGAAAAUGCCCAAAGUGGGGUCCUUCAGGCAGCAAUUCUCACUAGAUGCCCACCGCAGUGGUCUGCUGGAACAAGUGGCAGAAGUGGAGGAUGAAUCUGACGAUUUGUCAUCACAAAGCCAUAUGAGGAAGUUCAGGACAUAUAGCACAGGCCAGCUGGAGUUGGGGAGACUUAAACUGUCCCGCAGGGAGCAGGUCCUAAAGACAAAGAAGAAAGCCACUACAUUUAUGAAUUUGCAGGACUUGCCGACUUGUCACCAACACGAGAAAAGCAGAACAGAGUCUGCUGGGAAUAUGGUGAGCAAUGGUAUGAUGAAAAUGAAGAGACUCUUCAAGUCAAAGAGUUUAGAUAAGACCCCCGAGUUGUUAGACCACAUUGGAACGACCCCACCUUUAAACGGGACGCCACCCUUGAAUGGCACAGCAUGCUCACUUGAGAUGCCACUUCAGCAGGAGCCCACUGGCCUGCUUCGCCGUAGCUUCAGUUUUAGGCACCGGACAGGCAGCGAGCGGCUACGUAUCCAAGCGCUACUGAACGGCAAACAUGACAAUAGCUCUGCUUCUGCAGGCCUCGGCCUCGUUUCCGUAGGCCAAAAGGUUACUCACGUUGAUUCCGUGCUUCAGAGCCCCACCAGCCACCCUCGCCUCGGUACGAUAGAGAAGAGCCAGACGCUUGAGGUCGGUGCCAUCCUGAACAAGACAGAUCCCGUAUUUGAGCUUACCCGGUGGGAAAGGGCAAACGGCGACAAGAAUCGCACGCUGGACAAUAGCGACCUGCAGAUUCUGGCUGCACACAAGGAUGGCGUGGCGCUUCCGUUUCAGAGAGGAGGACGACGUUUGAGUGAGAGGAGGCUGGUACGCUUCUUCAGUGGCAUCUUCUCCCGCAGGGAAGAAACCGGCACUUUAACACCGGUGGGAAGCUCCUGCACAAUCCACUCCCUGCGCCACAGGACAACUGCUUUGCAGUCCAGCACAGAGAGUGUGAAUGGAAGCACAGGCGAUGCGUUUGUGAACAGCCAGGAGUGGACUCUCAGUCGUUCUGUGCCAGAACUGAAAGUGGGCAUUGUAGGUAAUCUGGCCAGCGGGAAGUCUGCGUUAGUCCACAGGUACCUGACAGGAACAUACGUGCAGGAAGAGUCGCCUGAAGCUGACGUGGAUGCAGGUGGUCGCUUUAAGAAAGAGAUGGUGGUUGAUGGACAGAGUCACCUGCUCCUCAUCAGGGAUGAAGGGGGCCCCCCGGAGGCACAGUUCGCAUUGUGGGUUGAUGCAGUGAUCUUUGUCUUCAGUCUGGAGGAUGAGAUCAGCUUCCAGACAGUUUAUCACUACUUCAACCGCCUUGCCAACUACAGAAACGUUGCCGACCUGCCACUGGUUUUAGUCGGCACGCAAGAUGCCAUCAGCUCAUCCAACCCGAGAGUGAUUGAUGACAGCCGGGCCAGAAAACUCUCCAAUGACCUGAAGCGCUGCACCUACUAUGAAACCUGUGCCACCUAUGGCCUCAAUGUGGAGCGAGUUUUCCAAGAUGUUGCUCAGAAGAUCGUUGCCAUCCGGAAGAAGCAGCAGUUGUCCAUCGGUCCGUGCAAAUCGCUCCCCAACUCCCCGAGUCACUCAUCCAUCUGUACCACGCAGGUUUCCAACGUCCAGGUCAGCCAGACAAGUAAUGGGGGUGGCAGUUUGAGCGACUACUCAUCAUCAGUACCAUCCACACCGAGUACCAGCCAAAAGGAGCUGCGCAUCGAUGUCUCCCAGAGCACCAAUACACCCACGCCCGUCCGCAAGCAGUCCAAGCGUCGCUCCAACCUCUUCACUUCAAGGAAGACCAGCGAGACGGACAAGGACAAGAAAGGUCUGGAGGCUCGAGCCGACAGCAUCGGCAGCGGGCGAGCCAUUCCCAUCAAACAGGGUAUGCUGCUGAAGAGGAGCGGCAAGUCCCUCAACAAGGAGUGGAAGAAAAAGUAUGUGACGCUGUGUGACAAUGGACUGCUCACCUACCACCCCAGUCUUCAUGAUUACAUGCAGAACGUCCACGGUAAAGAGAUCGACCUACUCAGGACCACGGUCAAGGUACCAGGUAAAAGGCCGCCACGAGCUGUGUCCACUUGCGCCGUCAUGGCCAGCCCCAAAACCAACGGCCUGACGAAGGACAUGAGCAGCCUGCAACUCGGACAUACUCCAGGUUCAGGGAGUUGCAGCUCAUCAGUAUCUCAGAUGGCAAGUGGUGUUAGCUUGGUGUCUUUCAACAGUCGCGGUCCCGACGGCAUGGGCGGGCAUCAGCGCUCAUAUUCAGUCUCUAGUGCUGACCAGUGGACCGAGGCCUCCAUGAUCGCCAACUCGGGAAUCGGGACUGAUGCAGGCCUCGGCGACUCCAUGUCUUCCAGUCCCAGCAUUUCCAGUACGACCAGUCCCAAGAUGGAGCCGCCACCAUCGCCGCACGCCAACCGCAAGAAGCACCGGCGGAAGAAAAGCACCAGCAACUUCAAAGCAGAUGGCCUCUCUGGUACUGCCGAAGAGCAAGAGGACAACUUUGAGUUCACCAUUGUAUCACUAACGGGUCAGACGUGGCAUUUUGAAGCCACUUCAUAUGAGGAGCGUGACUCCUGGGUGCAGGUCAUCGAGGGUCAGAUACUCGCCAGUCUUCAGUCCUGUGAGAGCAACAAGAACAAGUCUCGUCUGACCAGCCAGACAGAGGCCAUGGCACUGCAGUCUAUCCGAAGUAUUCGUGGAAAUAGCCGCUGUGCCGACUGUGACGCUCAAAACCCGGACUGGGCCAGCCUCAACCUUGGUGCCCUGAUCUGUAUUGAGUGCUCGGGUAUCCACAGGAAUCUGGGCACCCACCUGUCCCGGGUUCGCUCGCUGGACCUCGAUGAGUGGCCACUAGAACUUAUCAAGGUCAUGUCAUCCAUCGGCAAUGAGUUUGUUAACAGCGUGUGGGAGGCCAACUCACAGGGUCACCUUAAGCCUGGACCUGAUGCCAGCAGGGAGGAACGUGAGCGCUGGAUCCGGGCCAAGUACGAGCAGCGUGUAUUUUUGCCGUCGCUGCCGUGCGCCGAGCUGUCGCUCGGACAGCAGCUUCUGCGCGCGACGGUAGAAGAGGAUCUGCGUGCCGUCGUGCUGCUGCUGGCGCACGGCUCCAGGCAGCAGGUCAACGAGACGUGCGGCGAGGGAGACGGACGCAAUGCGCUGCACCUGGGCAGCCGCAAAGGCAACGUGGUCAUCACGCAGCUUCUCAUCUGGUAUGGCGUGGAUCUGAUGGCGAGGGACGCCCACGGUAACAGCGCCCUAGCGUACGCCCGGCAGGCAAACAGCCAGGAGUGCGUGGACACGCUGACCCAGUACGGCUGCCCCGACGAACGCUACCCGCUCAUGGCCACGCCCAACCUGUCGCGCCGCAACGCCAACCGCAACAACAGCUGCAGCAGUGCGGGCAGCAGCGCCUUCAUUUGAGCCCUCAUUGGGAGAAGCGUCCGUUUUUUUUUUUUUUUUUUUUUUUUUUGGGAACCGCUCACUACCUGCUGUGACUCUCGACUCCGCCCGCCUCACCCGUCGGACUAGUUGAACCGGGUGAGGAGGGUGUAUAGUACCCAAAGCAUGCUGGGUACUCUACCGGGUCACUUUCACCUCAGACUCUCGAUGGCUGGUGUCAUCGUUUCUUCUGACACUACAAGGCCAGUUUGCUCUCAGGCAGCGUCACUUUCCCAGCCCAAUCAUAUCGUCGCCUAUCCGACAGGUCCUCUGCGUCGUGUUGCGGCCCCGCCCAGACUUUUUUCAGCUUUCUGUGAACUAAUUUACCUGUGUUAAAUGUGACAAAUAUGUGAAAGAUCGAAGGGGGCGAUGCUUGGCAUGUCUUUUUUGUUUUUAUUUGGACCGCUCGCCAGGGAAUGUUGGAUCAGGCUCAGGGACGCAGUCGGUCAGAACAAGCUCGUUCAUAUGGUCGCCCGCAUCUACAUGAUGAAGGUGACUCGACUGGGUCAUCGUCAUCUUGAAGGCGGAGGUGGGGGGGACUCUGUGACUUGAGGUUAAGCAGACUUGGGAAAGAAUUUACUUGACUUUGACUUUCACUGCGUGACUGGACAAAUCUGAUGUUUUCAUUGGAAGACCUGAAUUUGCUAAUUGGUAUCCCUUUUGACAAUACAGCUGGAUUUGGAACUUGGUGUGAAUGUGUUGGUACAGCUAACCAAUGCAAGAACAGAUAGUGAAUACAACAUGGCCAAUUUGCAGAAAUAUGUUGUGACUGACUUCUGACUUGCACUGCACAAGUUCCAACGACCUGACUUGAGACGUCCGUGUGACUUCCUCCCACCUCUGCUCGAAGUUACAGUGUUUGUGGCCGUAAGGCUCCCUACUCACCGUAAAGUCCUGAGAAGUCAAAAGGAAGGAAAUGCUAACUCCUUUAGCGCCGUUUGGAAGCUAACCCCGAUGCAAGACUGAUUUUAAGCCAAGCUUUUCUACCCACCAUCCAUUUCACACUCGCAAUGAGCUUGUGUGCUUCUUUGUCAAAUUGUUGGUUUACUUCCUGUUGGAGAAAAAAGGGAAUCUCACUUCUUCUUUAGGUGUUUUACACCAGGAACUCGUCUCGAAGCUUCUGCUGUCUUUCAGCAUCAAGCGUAGGAAGGCUCACUUUUUCUCUCUUUCUCUCUCUUCUGUGCAAAUCAUUUAAAAUAAUGUUCUGGUCUUCUGAGAUGUGCUGACAACCGCUAGACUGAAAGUGGUGCUCAUUUAUCUCCUACUUCAAAUGAAUACUCCAUCCUAUAUUUAUUAAUUUCCUCCAUCCUCCUCCUCUUGUCUUCAGAGUGUCAAGUGUGACAUUUGAAAUGCCGACACUAGAAAGCAAGGCUGCGUUUGCGGAUGAUUGAGGACGACAAAGUUUGCUCACGUCGUCUUGACUGAAUGUGACGCGAGCUCAACAUUUCCUCAGCGCCCACGCGACUGCCGAGUAACGGAGUAAACCUUCGGUCAGGUUGCCACGUUUGUACAAAUCUUCGUCUGGGUACACGCAUGCCAAUUUUGAUCAUCUAAACCUGGUUUUGAAAUGGGAGAGGCCUGACAGACAUGAUGAGGACGAAAUAAGCAGGUUUACUUCUGCCUAGUUGAUGUUUUUCGAGUGAACAUUGGCUCAAACUGUAUUCACUGCAGUCUCUCGUUCUUUACAUAUCAAAUCAGCGAGCCUGUCAGGAGGGCCGAGGCCUUCAACCCUGAACACUAAUGAUCCCCCCACUUCCUUGCUGAACCCUCCACAUCACUCUGGCGAAUAUCAUCAACUCCUCCGUAGAAUCAGGCAUUGUGCUUUCCACCUUAGGAACAGUCUGGGUCACACCUGUUCUCUAAAGGCCCACCCUAGAUCCAGAAAACUCCAGGACAAGUUCCGGGCUUCCUUUUCUCAGCAAUGCCAGCAGGCUGUACAUAUACACAACUCCCAAUCGUCUUAUCGUUAACGUCGCCGUCGCAGAGUGGGCUUGACUCGGCUUGACCCCAUAACAAUUUUUCAAAGUCAAUAUUGAACAGGUUUAACAUCCACAAAAUAUGACUCAACACUGGACAGGAUAAUCGUUGGAGAUAUGGAAAAGUCAGGCCUUGGGUGAUGGAUCAGAAGGAGGAAUCGGGCUCAAAAAUGUCCCAGUUAUUGGUGUGUGUGUGUGUGUGUACCCAGCGUUACUAGACACACACACACACACUCUGUUCAUCUUUGCCUUGGUUUGAACACACCUGCCUUCAUUUCACCUGUGAUCGUGUAAACCCCAUCCAUCCACCCCCCCCAACAAAAAAUGUAUUUUGUGAUUUUUUUUUUUUUUUUUUUAAAUAUAUAUAUAUAUAUAUUUCUGACUUGGGCUAUUUUAUUUAUGACAGAAAUGCACUAAAUUCACUUAGCGUUAGCUUCUGGCCUCAAGGCUGCUGGCAAUUUUGAUGCUUUUACUUUCAUUUUAGCCAAGGUUAGCAGCUACCGAUUGGCUUGAAGUUUCCUCAGAUGUGUCUGCGCGCCUUCUAAAAUGCUUCUCCUAUGUGAACACAAGUGGGGCGGCAACACAUGAUCCAUAAAUUUCAACAAAAAGCUUGUGUGAUUUAGUUUUCGCGUCUGGCAACAUUGAGACGCGCAACUAGCUCUCACACCGCAGCCGUUGACGCUAAUUGUGACCACAACGUUACCUCCUCUCUCACGUGCAUUUUGUACAGUUUGCCCCCCCCCCUCCACGUGUUCCAAGUCCAUCCAUGUUUUCAAUAUUCUAUUUUCUUGUUCAGACACAUUGUUCUUGUGGUUCUAAUUGUUAUUGUUUAGUUGGAUGUACAGUAAGAUAAUUCUACUGUAAUGUGUCUCUUUUCAAUAAAGCCCGGAAUGAUGCUCCCUCACUUUGGUUUAGGGGGGAAAAAAAAAAAGAAAUUCAUCUGUUUUAUUUCCCAAGAAUCAUUUGGCGCCUCACAGUUGUUGAGUUCGGGUGGAUCCAAUCUGGGCUUCCUUUGUGGACUUCCACG